UCCGCACCGCACACAAACCAUCCGCACGGCCGCCGGCCGCCGGCCGAGCACCCCAGGAACCUAGCGACCAGCGUGCCGCCACCCGCCGUCCAGCACCUCUCGCCGUCCUCGCCCAUCGCGGCUGUGCGGCCGUGCCCCUCGCGGCCUCACUCCUUGCCGGGUGCGGCAGGCGGCAGCGCAUCGCUCCUUGCUUCGCUCCCCUCGGCCCUCGCCUCGCCGGCCGCGUCCAGGCUGCCAGCCCGCCCUCAGUCCAGCCAGCCAAUCGCACGGUCGCGCCCCGCGCGGCCCAGACCACUCGCCGCGCUCCUAAACCGCGCUCGCCGCUGACCAGCGCCGUUAAGCGCCCCAAACUACUAGUAGGUCGCUCGUUGACAGCCGGCCCGCCCCCUAUUCUCCCUCCACAGGAAACGCCGCCACACAAACCUGCUGCGCCGCCACCGGACUUCCCCUCCUCCCCUACCCCGCUCCCUUCCACCCAGCCAUCGCUGCCCGAUCCAUCACCGCAGGAGCGCCCUCGAUUGCCACACCUCCGGCGAGAGCGGGAAAACCUAGGAGAUGAGGCUGGUGGGGUUGACGGGCGGGAUCGCGUCCGGGAAGAGCACCGUGUCCAACCUCUUCAAGGACGCCGGAGUCCCUGUCGUCGACGCCGACGUCGUUGCUCGGAAUGUAGUGCAGAAAGGUACUGGAGGUUGGAAGAAGAUUGUAAAAGCCUUUGGGGAUGAAAUUUUGUUAGACGACGGAGAAAUCGACAGAGCUCGCUUGGGACAAAUUGUGUUUUCUGACCCAUCAAAGCGGCAACUUCUUAACCGUCUUCUGGCGCCACAUAUUUCUUCUGGCAUAUUCUGGGAGAUAGCAAAACUGUGGAUGAAGGGAUGCAAGGUUAUCGUCCUCGACAUCCCCCUGUUGUUUGAAACAAAGAUGGAUAGAUGGACAAAUCCAGUCAUUGUUGUCUGGGUUAAUCCAGAAACCCAGAUCGAGAGGCUCAUGUCUAGAGAUGGUUGCUCUGAAGAACAAGCUCAGAACAGGAUCAACGCACAGCUUGCUCUGGACUGGAAGAAGUCGGAAGCGGACAUAGUGAUCGACAAUUCUGGAUCACUGGAUGACACCAAACAACAGUUUCAGGAGGUGUUGAGGAAAGUCUCUGAGCCCUUGACAUGGAAGGAGCGUUUGCGAUCCCGAGACGGUCUGAUCUCUGUUGUCAUGUGUACAGCAGUGGGGGUAUUACUUGCCCAGAAGAACCUGCUAUGAUCCUGAUAAGUUUGAGGAGGUUAAAACCAGUGAUGUGUUUCUGGAGACCAGCACAAAUAAGCUUGUCUGGUGUCAUAAGAGUGUGGAAAUUGGAUGGCUGCAUUUGAACCACAAUGAUAAAAAUAAAAUUUCAUAUGAUUUAGUGUUUUACCAUAGAAACUACUCGAUUGUGGUGGCAUAUAGCAUGCCUGAGUGGAGAAAGCUGUCCGUCGGUUUUCUCAGUUGCUUUUACUGGAUAUAGUGGUUCGAGUCAUCGAACUCUGCUUGGUUU